CGUUUAUUCUCUGUUGUGCUUCAUGGGAUUAUUAGUGUGUUGUUGUUGGGGUGUGUUUUUGAAGAGUUUUCUUCUAUUUCUUUCCUUUCUUCCUCCCUCGCCUCUCUCCCCCGCCUCGGUUCUGAGGAAUGUGGGGCUUAUGUCAGUGAGAGUCAGGUACCGACUCACUAAUUACCACAGCCCUUCCUCCCUCCAAACCUCCACCCUCCUUCUCUCUCUCUCUCUCUCUCUCUCUCUUUAGCUCUCUCCUUCAACUCUGCCACCUUCUUCGCUCUCUCCUCCACUUCGAGACCUUGUGCUCCCCCCAUCCCUCCUCGUGUCUCCUGCUGUUGCGUCUACGAGCCUCUGUCGUGGCAGAGUAGAGGACGAGCAGAGAGGAUCUGAGUCAGAAUCCAAAAAAACACCAAAAGAAGAACAGAAACUCUGACUUGUCCUCUCUCUCUGUGUCUCUGCAUGUGAGUGUGUGCGUUGUGUUUGUCAGACGUGUCUGAGAUCUCGUCUCUGAUUGUGCUUUGGGGGAAACUGUCAUUGAAGAAAGGAGGCACCUUGACAGCCGGAGAGAACCUGACAGACGAGCGCAAGGAAGGAAAGGAGGAAGGAGGAAGGGAAGAUGAGAAAGUGAUCAGCCGGAUUGUUGCUUUUGGAAACGGUGGCAGAAGAACUGACAGCGACUACACAUCCCAUCAUCGCACAGGCCCCAGAUCUGAUUGGAUGGUUAUGCCAGAAUGACAGCCGAAGAUUCAGCUUCUUCCUCAACCAUGAGCAAUAACGCUUCCCCCUCCAACUCCAAACCCUCCAAGCCUUCCAAACCCUACUCUGGUCCCUCCCUCCACUCUCUCGAAGGACAGAUUAAUAUCCCAGAGGGUGUUCUAGCUGCUCCCAUUGAACCUGCACUCAAGGCCCUGAUGGAGCGCACCGGCUACAGUAUGAUCCAGGAAAAUGGUCAACGUAAAUAUGGUCCUCCUCCUGGCUGGAAUGGUGCAUCACCUCCUCGAGGAUGUGAAAUCUUUGUGGGCAAAAUCCCGCGGGAUGUUUAUGAGGAUGAGCUGGUCCCAGUGUUUGAGUCUGUGGGACGCAUCUAUGAGAUGCGGCUGAUGAUGGACUUUGAUGGGAAGAACCGAGGGUACGCGUUUGUGAUGUACACAGAGAAACAUGAGGCCAAACGUGCCGUGCGGGAGCUCAACAACUAUGAGGUGCGGCCUGGGCGGCUACUGGGGGUCUGCUCCUCUGUAGACAACUGCCGUCUUUUCAUUGGUGGUAUUCCCAAGACCAAAAAGCGAGAGGAGAUUCUGGAGGAGGUUUCUAAAGUGACAGAAGGUGUGCUAGAUGUCAUAGUUUAUGCCAGUGCUGCAGACAAGAUGAAGAACCGUGGCUUUGCCUUUGUAGAGUAUGAGUCACACCGUGCAGCUGCCAUGGCUCGCAGGAAGCUGAUGCCUGGACGUAUUCAGCUGUGGGGUCACCAGAUUGCAGUGGACUGGGCUGAGCCAGAGAUUGAUGUGGAUGAAGACGUAAUGGAGACAGUGAAGAUUCUCUACGUCAGGAAUCUAAUGAUGGAGACCAGUGAGGAGACAAUCAGACAGGUGUUCAGCCAGUGGAACCCUGGAUGCGUUGAACGUGUGAAGAAAAUCCGUGACUACGCCUUCGUCCACUUUACCUCCCGGGACGAUGCCGUCUUGGCCAUGGACCACCUCAAUGGCACAGAGGUGGAGGGGUCCUGCAUUGAGGUGACGCUUGCUAAGCCAGUUGAUAAAGAGCAAUACUCACGUCAGAAGGCCUCGAAGGGGGGAGUGCCUGCCACUCCAGAGGCUGUUCCGCAGAACUACGUAUACCAGUGUGAUCCCUACACAUUGGCUUACUAUGGUUAUCCCUACAACACCCUCAUUGGACCCAAUCGGGACUACUUCGUCAAAGGAUCCCCAAUGAUACAGAACAAUGGUACUGUGCGAGGUCGUGGUCGUGCUGCUGCUGCUGCAUGUAACCGUACCCCUGGACCACGGGGGUCCUACCUGGGGGGUUACUCUGCCGGUCGUGGCAUCUACAGCCGCUACCAUGAGGGCAAGACCAAGCAGUCCGAAAAGCCCUAUGAGCUGAUGCCCAGUCUGGAGCUUGCUGCCUCCGUCAACCAAGUUGGCAUCAAACCUGGCACAAUGGCCUUGCAGACUCUGGGUGGACAGUACCCAAUGUUCAGUACGGCUCCUGCAGCCAAGCUGAUGGAGGAGGGGAAGGUGCACACGGUGGAGCACCUGAUCAAUCCUCUGGCCAUGCAACACGCUGAACACAACUCCGCCAAUGCUGCUGCCUCCGGCCUACCUUCAGUCUCUACCCCUCCACCUUUCCAGGGCCGUCCAAUCACGCCCGUCUACGCUAUGGCCCACAACGUGCAGCGUAUCCCCGCCGCUGGCCUGUAUGGAGGUGGAUAUGUCCCCAUCACAAACUACGCUGCCAACACAGCAGCCCUGGCUGCUCUGCAGAAGAAUGCAGCUGUGGCAGCUGCAGCAUAUGGAGGCUACACUGGCUACGCUAUGCCACAGGCCUUCCCCGCCACGGCCUUCCAGCUGCCCAUCCACGACAUCUACCAGACAUACUGAUUCUGAGGGCUCGGACCACAUGACAUAAUGAGAAGGUUAUCCUGCCUGUGACUGAACGACCACAGCAACAUCUCGGACACGUCUGUCCCAUCAUACAGAAACAUCUCAUGAACUUGUGAACCUCUAUUCUAAUGGAACGAGGUUGGAAACAAAUGUUCAGAACGCAGACAGUGAAAAAACGCGAUCUGACAUCUCAUAUCUGUCUCAUCUACCGGCCUCAGCAUAUCCUGGACUCAGCAGCCACAUGACAACAUCAUGACAUCAUCAUGACAACAUCCCUGUUUUCUACUGAAUAUUAAAACACAUAUAAAAGACAGUCUACUCCCUGAGGAGACCCACCAGUGUGUGUUGACAGUCGUCCCCAACAAUAUGGCAGAAUUCACAAAAACAACACAAAUACACAACUCUCUUUCUCUCACUGACCCUCGCCACCUCGUUGCUACGGCAAUGGGGGAAAACUGAAGGUACAUACAAGUAUUUAUGAAGAGAAGAUACAUAUUUAAGGUUUUAUUCUCUGUAGGUCUCUUUCUCUUUUAUUUUUGGGGCAAGUUUGUAUUCUGAAACAGGAAAGAUCGAUCUUUACACAUUGUUUAAAACAAAUUUAGUGUAAAGUUGGGGGGAAGGAGAGAAAGACAAAUUAAUUAAAGAAGUAAAAGUACAACAGGAACUACUGACGAAUGAAUAUAUCACUGAAGACAGCUGUCUUUGGAUAUACUAAUGUUUUUUUCAGUUUUUUUUCCAUUAAUAUAUAGUAUUCUAGCCAAUUCUACAUGCUGUUGGUGAUGCUUUCCGUCCAUGGUGGUUGAAUGUGUAUGCUUCAAACACGCCUGUUUGGUACUUUUUGGUUUUAUUUAGUUUCAUUUGUGUUUUUGGUCGUUUUAAAUGAAGGUUCAAAGUAUUGCAUUGUUUUUUUCCGCCUAUAAUUAGUUUGCUUGUUGUUAUGUCUGCUUUAACCUUUGGAAACAUACAGUAUAUCUUUGUUAGUUUGAGGAGAGGUAGCCUGCUUACUAAUGUUGUUGUGACAGAGUCCCUGGGGAACUAAUGAUAGAGAAAGAAAACUGGAAAAACUUUUUCAUCGAUGGUUUCAUCUAUAGGUGACGUCUUGUACACGGAGAUGUUUCCCAUCCUCUGACACUGCUCUGGCAGAAAAUGAAGACUGAACAGAAAUUAGUUGUUGUUUUUCUCUCAUUCGUGUAUGUUUUAUUGUGGUUUUUGAAAUGUUUGACUAUUGAAAGGUGAACAAAUAUGGACAGAAAUGAGACACAUUUUUUUCUAUAUGUUUUUUCUAUAUACUGGAGCACUCUGUCUCAGUCUGUCUCUCACAGUGCUCCUCCAUUUGCCAAUGCAAACCAAAAAACAUACAGCUCCAUACACUCCAGUGUCAUGACAUUAGAAACCAUUUCUUACUACAGUGCCUCACAUCUGCAUGCAUGUGCUACUCUAUGUUUUCCACAACACCUUUCAAAACAAAGACUUCCAUCUGUGCAUAGCACUGGAGUCUUCAGAUGUGUGGUAUCACUGUGUUCUGGUGAGACGAGUAGAUUUCAGUCGCUGCAGUCAGAUGUGUCAUGGCUUCCUCUCUGAAUGAUCCUGCAGUAACACUCCACAAAUUUGUCUCUCUUGUUAUUUCUCGUCCUCCAAAACUGUGCUUGACCAAGGUGCACUUAAAACAUAUUUAUGAAAGGCAAGAGAUUGCCUCUUUCAGAUGAAGAGAUAUUGAAACACUGAGCAUGGAUUUGUGUGUGUAAACUGGGCUAGUUGGUGUUUUUCAAUUUGUAUGUGUGUUGGCAGUUUUUCUUCGCAGAUAAAAGCAUAACAUAUAAAAUAACCCUAAUGAAUGUUCAGUGGGCACUUUUAAAACUCUGCAGUGUAGUGGAAACAAGUGUGAAAAUUUAACUGGGAGUAACUGGAGUCAUACCUCAUAAUGAAAUACAGGAGCUAUGCAUGUGUUGUAUGUAAUGACACACGAACAUAACAGAUGCAAGCAGCUGCUCAUCCUGAAUUCACACUCCACAACAGCCAUCUCUCUUUUUUAUAAAAGAACACGCAAAUCGUUUUUGUGCUGGCUUGUAUUUUUAAUACAAUUCUAGUAGUUUUAAAUGUUUCAUCUAUUUUUACUAAUCUGCUGCAUUUGAGGGGAGUUUGUUUGCUAUUUUUCCAUCAGCUCAUCAGAUUUUUUAAUAUUACUUUAUACAUUAAGUAAUAUGCUGACUUUUACUAUGGUGACUCUGGAUUUUGAGGUUUUGAAGGAGAUCAUAACGAAGUUAUUGAUCCAACAAAAAAAAAGUGUAACUAAAGUGCAAAGAAAAAACUUUUUGUUUUUCUCUUCUUUACUUUGCUUCUCUCCAUCUCUGAAACUGGAUUUCACUUCGAAAGCAAACUGCUGUCAACUGCUUUCAUUAUUUUUUCUUGUAUGAUGACAAUAAGUCAGGAUAUAUUUAAUAUAUGCAUUAUGUGUGUGUUGUGAAUGAAGUGAGAAGAAAAGGUAUAAUAUAUUCAAAAACAUGUUUCUUUUCUUUAUUUACACUUUGUUUAGGGACAAAAAAGUCAGAGUAACAAAAGUAGAAAAAAAGUCUUUUUUGCCAAAGUGUCCAAUAGUUUUUAAACAUUCAAGGUUAAUGUGUUUUUGUUAUGUGUAAUAUUAUGUUUGAACCAGAUGUUGGUGUUAUGAGUGGGGCUUCUUAUCAGCAAACAACAAGACCAAAACUGUCCGAGUGAAGCGUGACGACUCGCCUGGUACUUUGACCUGUCGCUGUUGCAACUAUGCUCGGCAGGUUUGGCUACGCGACUAAAAGUCUUAUCAUGAUUUAACAGCCCUGUGUCAGCGGACACUUGUGUUCUCCUGGUUCGGCCUCCCACUCAGAGCACCUACCUUUACUCUCUGUUGCCUGCAUUACAUCCACACUGCUGCAGCGGGAUCAACUCCUGCUGCUCUUUGUGUCAGUGGUGUGGAGCUACAUGUGCCUAGUUUAACAUAGGUAUUACCUUUUUAACUCUUUCUAGUGUGUGCCUUAUUGCCAAGAUGUGCCCUUUGCCAUUCCUUUGUAGACCUUUGCAGAGUCUUUUCUAUCUGAAGGUUUGUUUAAAAAAAAAAAAAGCUUGUUCGCCAUUGUUAUAUUUAUAGUGAUAAUAGUUAAAUAAAGCAUUUUCAAAAGGA